GCGAUUCAUUCAGUCUGCUUACUCAUUGUUCGAUGCAGCUAGGAAAAUUUUUGAGCAGUUUGUGACAAAGCAUUAACAUAUACAUAUAUGUAAUAAAUUAUAUGGGACAGGAUUGCUUCAUUGUAUGCAAAUACCUCCUCUGUUGGAUCUUCUGACUGUUAUUACUCUUCAUUAUCGCUGUUUUCUGGUCAUUUUGUUUACGGGGCAUUUCAAAAUAUUAUCAUCUAUUGUGCUUUUCAACAAAGUGGAUUAAUAUCAUCAGCACACCAAGCGUUCAUUGGUGCGUGACUUCACAACAAAGAGAAUAUUUCAUUUUUCCCUGCUUUCUUUUGGCUACUACGAUUAGUGAAAAGGACUGCGAGGUCUGUGGUGCAGCUGCUAAAUGGCAACCUUCAUUUUAAAAAGUCGGCUCUGAAUCGCUACAGUAAUUGGGCAGUAGACCACUGGUGGUGUAUUUUGCCCCCAAAAGACACAAAAGCAAGUAGGGUGUUGACGGCAGUGUAUGAUUACAACAGAUAGGAUUGAAAAUUUGCAACCUAGGAAAUUGGCAUUAAAGUUGAUUGCAUGAGCCAAGUUUUAUUAAUGUUUUAAUCCACAGCUGGACUGGACCAUCCAUUGUUUAAGAUUUAUUUCUUGAAAGACCUCAUUAUUCUGUGUCCUAAAAACUCCUAUAAAUGGUCUAAAUUGAAUUGUACUGGACAUUAGCUAUAGCAAGGAUUGGUGAAUGGAAUUAUUUCCUCUUCUUUUCAAGAAAGAUUGAUAAAGAACACACCCUUUCCUAUUGGAGUGCUUUAAACCAGUGUCUGCUAGUAUACCACCUUUGAGAAGAAUGUAAAGAUCCUUUCUUGCUGCAUUCUUAUGUGGAAUUUACCAGCUGAUGAAGACAUUCCAUUCAUUCAUUCAUUCAUGAUUGUUACAUGCUAACAAGCACCAAGCUCUUCAAGUACUAUCAAUAUCAACAGGUGUUAAAAAUUCUGUCUGCAUCUCUCACACAAGCAGUCAGAGUUGGAUACUCAUCAAGUGCGGAAAUCAAAUAGAAUCGCAUUCUGUGGGGGAACCGCUUCCUCUGCAUAUGUACCCCUGCAACAUUGACCUUUUGCACCCCUAAAAUAGUUUGCGCUGGAAUUGGUACUUCCAUGUUUAGGGGAAAAUCAGAUGUUUUGAUGAGUGGUGGGGAUCGACUUGUGUGAACUUUGCUCUGUUGGUGAUUAGGUUUGGGGUAGUACUGUGGGGAGCUCUGUGUAUGUUUUGGGCUGUGUUUGCACUUAGCUUUAGAGGCUGCGUUCUGAUUGGUCGAAGCUAGUUGGAGCCUUGUAAUCUGAAACCAGUGUUUUCUUGGACUAGCUGGUGGUUUCUAAACUCCAUACACACAGCACAUGCUGUGACUGGUGUCUCUCUUGCUCUGUAAAGUUUAUUUGUGAGUCUAGCUGGUAGUUUAUAGUGCACUCACAUAGACAAUGAGUGGUAGCAGAGAUUGGAAGGAGAAGGAGGCAAAUGGCUUGAACAGUGAGCUAGCAGGCAGUGGUGCAGCAAGCCUCUCUGGAUCUCUCGAUGGCGUUGUUCCUCAUCCCAACAUGAAGGGCCCGAUAAAGCGUAGACAUUCCGUGCACAACUUUGCCCGUCAGCUUAGUUUACGAAGGAAGCAGAAACUUCAAAGACUUGUUAGCAAGAAUGGAGAAUGCAAUGUGAUUUAUACCCAUGUGCCUUCAAGGUGGUAUGACUUCUUUGCUGAUAUAUUCACAACACUUAUUGAUUUAAAAUGGAGGUGGUUACUCCUUAUCUUCUCGCUUGCGUACGUGCUUGGAUGGGUCGGUUUCACGUUCAUCUGGUACGGAUUGAUCUGGUAUCAUGGAGAUCUUGGUUACCAGGACAAAAUGGCAGCAAAUGAGACAGAAUACCAAGACUGGGAACCUUGUGUUUACAAUGUGCAAAACUUUAUUGGUGCUUUUUUGUUCUCCGUAGAAACACAGACGACCAUCGGGUAUGGUUAUCGCGGAACGACGGAAGAGUGUUGGUUAGGAGGGACCAUUGUUGUGAUUCAGUCUGUCUUUAGUUGCCUGGUGGAUGCCGUCUUCAUUGGUAUGGUUUUUGCAAAAAUUGCACGGCCAAAGAAACGUGCCGCAACAAUAAAGUUUAGCCACAGUGCGGUCAUUGCUGAGAGAGAUGGCAAGUUGUGUUUGAUGUUUAGAAUAGGAGAUAUACGCCGGUCGCAUAUUUACGAAGCUCAUAUCAGAGGACAACUCAUUGGACCUAAAGUGACGGAUGAAGGGGAAUGCAUCCCUCUCCAUACAUACAACAUGGAUUUCAGUAAUAACAGCGGAGAGGACAGAAUCUUUCUGGUGUGGCCUAUCAUUAUUUGCCAUGUGAUAGACGAAAAGAGUCCUCUAUACAGCAUCUCUGCCGGGGAUCUCCUGGAAAACAACUUUGAGGUUAUUGUAUGCAUGGAGGGUGUGUUAGAACAGACUGGACUUGUCACGCAAGCCCGGACAUCCUACUUGCCAUCUGAGAUCCUCUGGGGACAUCGCUUCAGCAGCCACCUCAUCAGCAUCAACAACAAUGAACAAUUCAAAGUAGACUACCGAGACUUCAACACCACCUACCCUGUCCAGAACAUGCCCAGCUGCAGUGCAGCCGAGUUAGAGCGCAUGAGGACAGCAGAAACAGACUUGCUAAACAACUCAAAGGUGAAGCCAUCGCCGUCCAUCAAGUCUUCCCCCAAGAAAAGUGUCUUCCAAUACAGCUUGCCUAAGUCACCAAACAGUGCCUUCAAUGGAAACGGGAAUAUCCGAUUCGCGGAUGAACCGGAGAACGGAGACAAAAUUGACAUGUCCAAUUCAAAGUCAAAUAUGGCUUCUGUGGAGUCACUGACCAAUGGCAAUGGACAUCUUACAAAUGGAAAUGGAAUGAAGAGAUCACCCUCCAGAGAAUCCCCAGUAUAGCCUAUAGAAAAGGAGCCUCCAUUGUUCAGCUUAUUUUUUUUCUGCCAAGCCAGCCAUAGUGUGUGAGAAGCCAAGAUUAUUAUGCAU